AUGAAGUUCUACGGCUUGUUCACUCCUUUGGUUUUAGCUGGUAUUGCCCAAGCAGCCAGUGUCGGAACUCUCACUGUCCAUGUUUACUCCACUAUUACCGAUUUCACCACUUACUGUCCAUUGACCUCAACCUCUGAAGAAGUUUCUUUGGUUACCGACUAUGUUACCGACGACGUCACUGUCACAGAGUCUAUUGAGAAUUGUGGCACUAGAGACUGUAACGGUUCCUCUACCACUUCCGUCCAAAAGACAACAAAGGCUAGAACUUCCAAGACCACUAAAACCCGUACAAUUGUGACUACCUCUGCCUCCACUUACUCCUCUUAUACCGUUAUUACUUCCAAAGCUACUCCACCUGGCGAUUGUUCAUCAUAUGUCACUGUUACCCAUAACCAUGGUUCCUCAAGUACCUCUGAAAGUACUCCAAGUAUCACACACCCAGCCUCUCAAACCCAUGUGUCUUCUACUACUGAAAGUAAAGCCUCUUCUCACGGUUCUUCAUCUGUGACCCACCCAGGUUCUCCAGCUUCCCCAACCCACGAAACCUCUACUACUGAAUGUGAAACCUCUUCCCAUGGUUCCUCCGUCACUCAGCCAGGUGUCUCACACCCAGCUUCCCCAGUUUCCCCAACUCACGAAACCUCUACUACUGAAUGUGAAACCUCUUCCCACGGUUCUUCAUCUGUUACCCACCCAGGUUCUCCAGCUUCCCCAACCCACGAAACCUCUACUACUGAAUGUGAAACCUCUUCCCACGGUUCUUCAUCUGUGACCCACCCAGGUUCUCCAGCUUCCCCAACCCACGAAACCUCUACUACUGAAUGUGAAACCUCUUCCCACGGUUCUUCAUCUGUUACCCACCCAGGUUCUCCAGCUUCCCCAACUCAUGAAACCUCUACUACUGAAUGUGAAACCUCUUCCCACGGUUCUUCAUCUGUGACCCACCCAAGCUCCCCAGUUUCUCCAACCCACGAAACCUCUAGCACUGUUACUUCCACUGAAUCCUCCAGUUCUUCAUCUGCUACCCAUCCAAGCUCCCCAGUUUCUCCAACCCACGAAACCUCUAGCACUGUUACUUCCACUGAAUCCUCCAGUUCUUCAUCUGUUAUCCAUCCAAGCUCCCCAGCUUCCCCAACUCAUGAAACCUCGACUACUGAAUGUGAAACCUCUUCUCACGGUUCUUCAUCUGUGACCCACCCAAGCUCCCCAGUUUCUCCAACCCACGAAACCUCUAGCACUGUUACUUCCACUGAAUCCACUAGUUCUACUGCUAGUUCUACCUCUUUGGUUCCAGUCCCAACUACCAACUCAACUUCUUUAACUCCAGUCGCUACCACUAGUUCUACCUCUUUGGUUCCAGUCCCAACUACCAACUCAACCUCUUUGGUUCCAGUCCCAACUACCAACUCAACUUCUUUAACUCCAGUCGCUACCCCUAGUUCUACCUCUUUGGUUCCAGUCCCAACUACCAACUCAACCUCUUUGGCUCCAGUCGCUACCACUAGUUCUACCUCUUUGGUCCCAGUCCCAACUACCAACUCAACCUCUUUGGCUCCAGUUCCAACUACUUCUGCUUCAUCCACCUUCGUCUCCAUUCCAACUACUUCUGCUGAAUCUAGUUCUUUGAGCUUCCCAAAUACCUCUUCAUUGUUGACUUCUGAAACCACUGCCUCCAGCUCAGAAAGUUAUACCAACUUGGUGGUCACUAUCACUACUGAAGGUACUAGCACCGUUUACACUACUUACUGUCCAUUGACUGCUGCUUCUAGCAUUGCUUCCAGUGUCGCUGCUUCCGGUGCUCCAAGUUCCACUGCUGCUGCCAUCAAAACUACUGCUUCUGCUUCUACUUCCAGUGCUUCAACUACUACUGUUGGUACCACUAAAUCUUCUGAAUCUGCUGCUGUUUCUAGCUCAGAAAGCUAUACCAACUUGGUGGUCACUAUCACUACUGAAGGUACUAGCACCAUUUACACUACUUACUGUCCAUUGACUGCUGCUUCUAGCAUUGCUUCCAGUGUCGCUGCUUCCGGUGUUCCAAGCACCACUGCUGCUAUUGCUACCCCAUCUGGUGUUGCUCCUCCUGCUCCAGAAAGCUACACUACUGUUGUCACCUCUAUUGAAAACAAAUCCACUGUGGUUCACACUUUGACUCUUGCUAAGUCUUCUGCUACCCCAACUCCUGCUGCUCCAACUUCUGUCGUUGAAUCCUCAGCCGCUCCAACUUCUGUUGUUUCUUCCAGUGAAUCUGCUGCUGCUCCAACUUCUGUUGUUUCUUCCAGUGAAUCUGCUGCUGCCCCAACUUCUGCUGCUGCUCCAACUUCUGCUCCAAUCUCUGAUUUGGAAAGCUACACUACUAUUGCCACUUCUAUUGAAGGUAACUCCACCGCUAUCCACACUUUGACUCUUGCAAAGUCAAAAUCUUCAGCUUCUGCAGUCGCCACCAGCAGCGUCAGCUCUGUUAUCUCUGUUUCCACUGAAGCUGCUACCAACAUAACUGCAUCUACUUCUGAUGCUGCCUCAGUUUCUGUCUACAGUGCUGCUGCCAACAAACAAAUGGUUGGUUCUGGUUUGGCUUUCAUUGCUGGCUUAUUGUUCCUUGCUUGA